UAUUCUGCGUGUGAACGCGCGUCACUCUAGUGCCAGCUUGUUCAGCAAGUGUUAUCAUUAGACAUUAGACUCUGUAGAAACCCUUUACUUUUCAUCAUGGCAUCGUCGGGCGAGCAAGUUGCUCGACUGUCCUGGUUUUCGUGGGACCCCACUCGCCUACUGCACCUUACUGCAACAUUUUUCUUGGCAUAUAUCCUGCUUACUGCCAUCAGGCUGUUCCGCAGGAGAAGAUGGACUAUGGAAUCAUUUACAAAAUUCCCCGGACCCCCCAUGCAUUGGCUAUAUGGACACGUACAUGAGUAUCCAGAAGAUGACCGUGCCUUAAAUAAUCUAUAUAGGAAUUCAAAAGAAUAUCCAUGUGCCAGUCCCUUCUGGACCGGGCCCUUUUCUGCUUUCAUGAUUAUUAGUCAUCCUGAAUAUGCCAAAACAAUCUUGAGCACCACAGAGCCGAAAGACAAUGUGAGCUAUCGGUUUAUUAUUCCAUGGAUUGGGGAAGGCCUGCUGGUUUUAUCAGGUCAAAAGUGGUUUCGUCAUCGCAGAUUGUUAACCCCUGGUUUCCACUAUAAUAUACUCAAACCGUAUGUUAAGCUGGUUGCAGAGUCUACAAAAGUCAUGCUGGACAAAUUGGAGCGACUCAUGCUACAGGGCUCGUCUGUGGAAAUGUAUCAACAUGUUAGCUUGAUGACCUUGGACAGCAUCAUGAAAUGUGUUUUCAGUUACAGCAGCAACUUCCAGAUUGACAGUGAGAAUUCCUAUAUCAAAGCAGUGUAUGACUUGACAUACCUCACAAAUCUUCGAUUCAGAUGUUUUCCAUAUCACAGUGAUCUCAUAUUUAACCUUAGUCCUCACGGGUUCCACUUCCGGAAAGCCUGCAAGCUGGCGCAUGAACAUACAGAAAAAGUGAUACAAAAGAGGAAAGAGAGCCUUAAGAAUGAAAAAGAAUUGGUAAAAAGUCAACAGAAGAGUUAUCUCGACUUUCUCGAUAUCCUGCUUUGUGCCAGAGAUGAAGAUGGAAAAGGGCUGUCAGAUGAAGAUAUCUGUGCUGAGGUUGACACUUUCAUGUUUGCAGGCCAUGAUACUACAGCGAGUGGCAUUUCCUGGAUUAUGUAUUGCAUGGCUAUUUACCCAGAGCACCAGACAAAGUGCAGGGAAGAAAUCCUGCAUAUUCUUAAUGGAAGAGAAGCACUUGAAUGGAAUGAUCUUAGUGAAAUGACAUACACAACAAUGACCAUCAAGGAGUGUUUGAGAUUGUACCCUCCCAUACCUGGAAUAGCGAGAAAGCUCACAAAACCAAUUACAUUCUUUGAUGGAAGGUCAUUGCCAGCAGAGUCGCUUAUUGGAAUUAGCAUCUACUGCAUACACAGGCAUGAAGAUUUUUGGGAAAAUCCAGAGGUAUUUGAUCCUUUGAGAUUUUCUCCAGAAAGAUCAGACAAUAGACAUCCACAUGCUUUCAUCCCUUUUGCUGCUGGACCAAGAAACUGCAUAGGACAGCACUUUGCCAUGAAUGAGAUGAAAGUGGCAAUAGCGCAGAUACUGGCCCGCUUUGAACUCUCACCUGAUCCAGCCAACCCUCCCAUUAAAAUCCCACAGUUGGUUCUCCGAUCUAAAAAUGGAAUCCACCUGAAUCUUAAGAAAGUUAUCUAAGCAAAGUACCUAAUGAACAGUAAUCUAUUGUGCAGAUUUUUUUAACCCCAGAAUAUGUUUGAUCUACUCCUUAUUUUACUGUAAAUGAGGAUUACCUUAAUUUGGUGGUGCAGACUUUGUUUCCAGUGACAAUUCAAAACAAUCCACAGGGUCUUAGUGUGGGUCCAUGUAGCUUUCUAUCCCUAAAUCACUUCUGACAUUGCACACUUUCUUAAUCAACCAACAGAGAGGUAAAGGUACUAUAAGGUUAUUGGUUUCUAGGGAUGUAAUAUUCAUCUGUUACACUCUCCAAACCAUUUUUGAGAAAGUGAAUUUCUGCAGAUGUGUCAUAUGGACAUAAAAUAGGGCCCUCAUUUGUUAUGUAGUUUAUAGGGAUAAAGUAAAUGAUUGCUUUAAAAUCUUGUGCAUUGAGUCACGUAUGGCCCCAGAGUUAACAUAUGUUUACCAUUGAAAUUUCAACAACUGUCCCUUUUACUUGAAACAUUAUAAGACAAUGUUAGUGAGUAACUGCACGAUCAUUUCCCAGAAGAUUAUUCCAGACUGAAUAUAAACUUUUCCUGAAGGCACAGACCUGGAAAUGAGUGCUACCAUGGAUCCUGGAGGGGGGGCAGAUUGAUAUUUUGGUAUCUGAUGAUGCUGUCCAUCUCUGUCUUUCUCUUAAUUUACAAGGAUAUAUAUUUACACCCAUGCAAUUUUAUUCAAGGUGCAAGAUAUCGAUGACCAUUCAUUCAUCAUCCUUAAUGACUGGCUUUAUGAUGCAUAUAAAAUAAAACAGUCUUAUUCGGUUA